GGGGCCGGCGGAUUCACCAAGGACUACAAGGCCGGCGACGAUUGCAGGGCCAGAAAUCCCGACGACGAGCGCUGGUAUCCUGGCACGGUGGCGGAGGCGCUUGGCGAGAACAUCUUCCGCGUGAAGUGGGACGAUCCUGAUGGAGGCGAGGAGACCUUGGACGUCCACGCCGAGAACAUGAAAAAGGUCAAUGUCGAGCGAGACUACAAGAGGGGCGACCAGGUGCUUGGCAGAUUUCCACAGGACGGCAUGAUUUACCCAGGUACUGUGACGAAGGCGGACAAGGAUGGCGCGUUCACGGUCAAGUGGGCUGAUCCCGACGGUGGCCGGGAGGAGUCCGACGUGAGCCCGAAGGACAGGAAGGUCCCUCCCAUCCCGUUCGACUCACUCGAGGUCGGCCAGGAGUACCAGGGAACCGUGCGCAGAGCGCGGGACUUUGGCGCCUUCGUCGACAUCGGAGCCGAGGGCGACGGGUCGGUGCACAUCUCGUCCAUCUCCACGGAGCGCAUCGACGACAUCUAUUCGGUAUUGGAGGAGGACCAGGAGGUCAGGGUCUGGAUCAGCGGCCUGCGCGACGACGGGAAGUUCGGCCUGACCAUGAUCGAGGGCAAGACGGACAGCGACCAGGGGCGUCGUGUCCAGAGCGACGUCACCCCUUUCGAGGGCGUGUCCCCGGACGAGUGGUUCGAGGGCGAGGUCGUGAGCACGCCGUCCUUCGGCGCGUUCAUCGUGUUGACCGCAGAGGACGGGACAGAGGCGCAGGGCCUGUGCCACGUGUCCAGGAUCACCGACGAUUUCGUGGAUAACAUCAGCGACUACGUCUCGGUGAGCCAGACAGUGAAGGUACGCGUCCAGUCCGUGGAUUUGGACGCGAACAAGAUGAGCCUGAGCAUGAGGGAGGACAGUGGCCAUGAGGGAGGACAGUGGCUUUGGUGGCGGCGGGUUUACUUCCCGGGAGCCCGCCGACCUCAGCGCCUUCGAGUCCAUCAGCCCCGACGAGUGGCUCACCGGCACGGUGGCCAGGUGCGCAUCGUUCGGGGCUUUCGUGAACGUGAAGGCGCCAGACGGCGCCUUGGCGGACGGCCUGGUGCACAUCACGCAGAUCAAGGACGGCUUCGUGGAGCACGUGGAGGACGAGCUCGAGGUCGGCCAGGAGGUGAAAGUCAGGGUGGUCGACGUCGACGUUGGUGCGGGCAAGAUGGGACUCUCGAUGAAGCCGGAGGGCGCAGAAUGAAGCGUCGCGAGCUCGAACGUUUCUGUUCCGAGGCGGUGGACAUGGAUAAAUCCCGGCCUCGCACUUGUUGCUGCGCCCGGUGGGGAGAGCCGCCAGGAGGCGCGCGGCCGCCGGGUGCCGGCCUCCGCGACUGGCGGGCAGGCUGCGGGAAGGGUCGAAGUUAG